CGGGAAGGGCGUUCUUUUUGCGGUCAGACAGCGCAGUCAUUCCAAGGGGUGGGUCCUCCGGCGCAGAAAGGAAAACCCACCUUUUUCAUUGUUGGGGACGCGGUGGAAUGUGAUGGUUUGAUCUUACAGCACAGGGAAUGUGAACGUGGAGAAAAGACACAGAGAAAGCAAUCCGGUCAGAGUGAUAAAAAAUACAAUCUCCCCUAAUUUUUGCUCCCGGGUACGUCUAGCCAGCCGACGAGUAUGUGGAAGAACUUGUGUUCACCGUCACCGAGUCAUCUUGUUCGCUUCAACUACUCUCCGUAUCAAAUCGCGUGAACUUGUGGAUUACCUGCGUUUCGCGCUUCUCGCCAAGGCACGCGAUAAUGAUGGUUUCCCCUACUCAAAACCCAACUGUUGUCCCUUGACGCUACAAGAAGACAACAAAAAGACAGAAAGGCCCCCAUUGUGAACCAACAUCUCCCUUCCUUCAUCCAUUCUUCUGGAGUGGAGUACUAACCAGGACACCAGGGAUUGUUGCUGCUAUUACCAACACAAAUGUUGGCUUUCCAAAACCUUGUCAAAUAACUUUGAUCAGAAAUCAAGACCGCGCAUCGACACCUCUGUACCCACCAUGUCUGAGCACAAGGACAUGACAAACCGCCACCUGCGGCAUAAGCUGCAGAGCCUCGGGCGACGGCUGGACGAGUUGGAGGAGGCCACCAACAAGCUGCAGAAGUCCGAGGACGAGCUGGUCGAGCUGCAGGACAAGAUCAUACAGGCGGAAGGCAGCAACUCCUUACUGCUGGACGAUGCGGAGGCUCUGAGAAAGAGGCUCCUGAAGAUCCAAGGGAAGGACGAGGAGGUCCGCAAGUGCGAGGACCUCUGCCGCACAGUCCGGGAGAAACUGGAGGAGGAGGAGAGCCUCACCCAGCAGCUGAAGGCUGAGAUCGAACGUCUGCAGCGGCGGAUGGCCGAACUGGAGAAGCUGGAGGAAGCGUUCGGAAAAAGCAAGUCAGACUGUAGCCAGCUGUGUCUCAGCCUCAACGAGGAGAAGAACCUCACCAAGAAGCUCUCGUCUGAGUUGGACACCCUCAAGGCCCGUUUGAAGGAGAUGGAGGCGUCUGAGGUCAGGCUGGACAAGGCGGAGCAGGCCUUGGCUGCCGAGUUGGACAAACUCAAAGGCUUCACCCAGACCUUUGUGAGCGAGCGCAAGAGGCUACUGGAGAGCCAGAGGGACAACGAGAAGACCAUUCUGAAGCUGACGGAAAAAGUGGAACAUCAGAGGAAAGCGGGAGACCCCGGACUCGGGGACUUCAGGAAGUCGUGCAUUGAGGACGAACUCUCCGGGGGCCUCUUCAACAGCCGGCUGAACCAACGCAAACGAAGCCUGGACUACCUGAAGUCCUCGGAGGACAACGUCAGCCUACGGAACGAGAAGAACAGCGGCCUAGAAGGUCAGAGGGAGGAGGACAACAAGGUGAAAGAGCUGAGCCAGGAGGUGGAGAGGUUAAAGAACCGCCUCCAACAACUGGAGAUUGUCGAGGCGGACCUUAAGAACUCAGAGUCCAAAAACGGAGAGCUCCAGGAGAGGUUCCAGGUGGAGUGCACCAGAGCGCGACAACUGGGCGAGCAGGUGGAACAGCUCCAGACGCAGCUCUGCGCUAACGGGGACACGGAUAAUAAUGGCAGUAGCCACGGCAACAGGAACCCCAACCCGUGCCCCAAAACCCCUGCCAAAGUCCACGAGAACGGCAAGGCUGAGAACGAGGAGAUCAACGUCAAGGGGGGCUUCAGGGUCGAGAAGCCCAAGUACAGGAGCGCCGCAACCCCCUCGGAGCCCGGCUCCCCUAAAGCCAAGAACAGGGAGCUGUCUCCUCAGCACAGGAGGGAGACCCGCCUGCGGAGCAGAGAGCCGAGCCAUCCGGACGAGAGCUCGACCAAUGCUGGAAGGAGAGCCGUCAGUCCCGCGCACAAAACCAGGAGGACGCCAAAGACCCCGACGACCACCCCCUCUGAUAAUGGCGAGAGAGAGACCGGAAGAGCAAUGGCGGAGAGGGCAAGAGAAGGGGCUUCACGCGGCGCCACCGGAAGCACGUCCUCCGGUGAGGGCAAGAAGCCUUCGGUCUUAAGCCGCUACCCCCCAGCGGCGAAUGAUCAGAAGCACUGGAAGAGCGCCAAGAAGGAGACCGAGGUAGAGAGCAAGAAGAGCAAACUGGAGACGCGGUCCAAGGUGUACAGCGGCAGCGACAGCGAGUCCAACCACUCUGACGGCAAAGCCAACAGCGUCUCCUCCCAGGACAAGGACUCUAUCUUUGCGUCCGAUCAGGACCUGGACGCGGUCAAGGAGUCCGUCACUGUCCCCCUCUUGGCGUCGAAGGCCAACGGAUCCUACACCGCUUACAGGUCCCACGUCACGCCACUGUUGCCCGGCGACCAGGGGUCAGAAGGGGGUCACUCCUCCUCCGCCUCCGAGACGGAGUCCACCGGGUCUAGGCGGUCGGAUCCCGACCGGGGGACCGAGGCGUCCACCGUGACCACGGGGAGCGCCAGGACCACCACCCCCAGGUACCCCCGGUACUCUGGCGUCCGCGACCCCCCCUCGGAGGGCUCCUCCACCAGGAGCUCCUUCGACGAGGAGCUCCACAGCCGAGGGCCCCCGGCCGACCCCACCCUGUCGGGCAUCGACCUCCGCCGGACGUGCAGCCCACGGGAGGCGCUGAGGUCCAAGGCCGUCAUCAAGCCGGCCAUCGUCGAGAGCGACCGGAAGGAGGUGAUGAUGUCAGAGGCGUUGGCCACCAACGGCAAACCCAAGAUCUCGACCAAGCCCGUGGCGAUCACCGCCGCCGGUAAGAUGACCAGCAGCAUCACCAUCUACCCCAACGACCCCGGCUCCUCCAGGACCAGCAGUCGCAGCAGCAGCGUGUCCAGCGAGCCCAUGUCGGGCAGGGAGCGACACACCUCGACUAGUAACAUCCUCAUAGGCCCCAGCAUGGAGCACCGCGGCAGCAUCUCCAUACCGUACGAAAUCUCCAUCCCCAAGAGUGACAUCCCGCUACGCACCUGCCCGGACUACGACGACCACGCCCCAGAAGACCUGCUCCCUUCCAGGUCCGGCCUCUACGACACCUCCAGGCUGGACACCACCUCCAGGCUGGAGACCACCUCCAGGCUGGAGACCACCUCCAGGCUGGACAACACCCCCAGGAUAGACACCACCUCCAGGCUGGAGACCACCUCCACGAGCCGUCUCCUCUCCAACCGCAGCGCCUUCAGCCUCCUGUCCCCGGAAGGCCCAAGCACCACCACCUCCACCCCGGCGGACUUCAGCUACGACCCCGAGUCGGGCUUCGAGGGCAGAACCCCCGCCGCUGCCGCCGCCCCGCUCAGCAGCUGGAGGAGCCAGACGUACGGCCUGCCCCUGCAGGAGGACAGCCUGCAGGACCUGAGGCACGUGACGGUGAGGAGUACCUCGAGGAACCGGCUAGGCGUCAGCCCCAGCCCUGCGUCCACUGACCCCUGCGUUCGGGGGAAGACCAGUCCCCUGGGGCACGGUGAUUUCGUAGGAGGCUGGGACGAGGAGGUGGCUACGUGCAAGGCCUACAGGGCCAACAGCGUCCUGGACGCAGAGGAGACGGGGAACGGCAGGAUGGGCGCCGGCGCUGGCGGGACGGCACUCAAGGGAGCCAAGGCGUCACCCGCUGAUCUGUAUAUGCGAAAGAUUAACCAUGCCCCCGGCACCAGAGAGGUCCAGGAUCCUGGGGCCCGCCGGCUCAAGAGCUCCACGUCCCCCUCCUCAGAGGUGGCCGGGCUGGGCAGAGCCAUCGCCCACGAGCCCCUCAGCUCCCAGACAUGGGGCCGGUCGUUCUCACAACCCGCGCCCGCCGAGCGCCCAGACCCCGUCCCGGACCCCCGGCACAGCCCGGCCGCCUGGAGACGCCCCACGCCCCCCGGUGCUGACUCCCCCCGCCUGGGCACCUCCUACGACCGGGGCCACAAGACGGCGGGGGUCUCCCCCAGGGAGCCGUGGUCCAGCAGGGGUCAGGGGUCAUUGGACCAGGGGGGCCGUCCCUGGGGCCGGGAGCGGCCGGCGGACCGCCACUAGAGCGGCGGCGCUGGAUCGGACGUUCCCACCGGGGAGACUCGCACUCAAUCUCAACUGCUCCAGGAAGGCCCCCGGGGGGUCCCCAACAAACCCUCCUGGCUGCCCCCUCCUCCACCACCCCCCCCCACCACCACCACCACCACCACGACAGGCCUGCACUCACCGCAUCUGCUGCUCCUGCUGCAAGGAAUAUAGAAGUGAAACACACAGAGCAGCUGCAGCGAGGGCCGUCGGAUCCUUCAUAGGACCAGAGACUGCCGACGCUGACCCCUGACCCCGGAUCGACGCAUGUACUCAUGCGUGUCGCUACCAGAAUCACCCCCGCCCGCCUACUCCCCAACUUAACCCCCCACCCCCACCCCCACCACCACCAACACCAACACCACCCCCACCCCCACCACCACCACCACCACCCCCACCACCACCACCCUCUUCCUUUUCCCUUCCGGAAACCUCUGUGACUCCCGUGGGGGACGUCACGGCACACGGUGUGUUCAGUGGCUGUGUGCGGAGUGUGUUUCCGUGGGAGUGAUGUGGGGCUGAAAUGAGGGAGGUGGGGUGUCUGAGGGGGGCCGGGGGCAUAGCCUAGCCUAGCCUUCAACCAGCCUACGUGUCCGUCCUCCGCUUCCCUCUGUUGGAUGUAUUACAUGUAUAACCGCCACCACCACCACCGCCGCAACGCCGCCGCAACGCCGCUACUGCUAACUGCUGCUGCGAUCUGACAAAGGAGAGGCUGUGGCUACGCCCGGGGGGCUGAUGAUGAUGAUGAUGAUGAGGGGGUUGAGAGGAAGAAGGGGGACUUUGAAAGGGGGGGGGGGGGGGGGAACCAGCGGCCAGUGACCUUGAUGGAUUUUUAUAGCGUUUCGGAAGUGUGUCAUCAUGUGCCCCCCUCUCCACUGUCCGCCUGUCUGUCUGUCUGUCCGUCUGUCUGUCCCUCCGUCUGUCUGUCUGUCUGUCUGUCUGUCUGUCUGUCUGUCUGUCUGUCUGUCUGUCUGUCUGUCUGUCUGUCGCAAGCAGCUCAUGUUAUUUGGAGGGGAAGAAAUCCAUGAAUCCCACUACAGUGUGCAGCCGUAGGAUUCAUUACUGAAAGAACAGAUUCCUUACCCCGGAUGGGACCAAAGACACCAGGGAGCGAGUCACUCACGUUAACGCUGGGAAGAACCUUGUACCGCAAUAUUAUGACACUUUUUCGUUAUUAAAGUAUAACACGCUAGCACACAUGCAUUCAUGAACAGCAUGGCAGAAACAGAUGUAAAAACACAUGCUUCUUCCAGUGUCUUACCAUAGCGGCAUAUCUUAAACCCAUAUGUAAACCCCUGUGUGUGUGUAUGACCUAAUGCUGCAUAUAUGGUCGGGGACUAUUUAUGGAGAAUGUCUGCAUGUUCCGGAAGUGGAGUGUGUUCCUAAAUUAGGAGCAGUAUGUAGGAGUAUGUCUGGGAAUGCACUGGCUCCCUUUUACAAAAAGGGCCCAUUUGGCCUCAUAGUAAAGGACCAGAAGGCAGAUUCUUCAUUAGGCCGUCAUCUUAACAUUACUCGUGCUCCAUUUCGUUUUAACAAGCUGUUUUGAAUACUUUUCGGUAAUUUGUUUCCUGUUGUUUGGCCAUUCCUUUCCCUUCCUCAAAUUGGAACACUUCUGUUGCUCUUCAGCGGAAUGCAGUGUGUAUUUUCUCUUCUGAGGGGGUGGACUUCAUUAAUCACUUUGCGACCCAUGGUGCUUGAUUCAAGUUCGGUUGCGGGCUGUGCUUCCUUACUGCAAUACGAUUCAAAAGAACGCAGACAAAUCUUUCCGGAAGUGACUGUUGGAACCAGGUGUACCAGCAGCAAACCUAGCCUGGAAAGGCUGACCUUAUCCGCGUAACAACACCCGUCUGUGCUGUGAAAGGACCCGUUCAGCCGCGCAUCAUCGCACCCUCAGGAGGAGUCCAUCUUGGAACCCCCCCCUUGUGAGUUCACCUCGAGAUGCGACUGGGUUCGCCGUGCGAAUCGUCUUAACAUUGCUCCUUAAAAAAAAAAGUGUAUAUAUCUAUAUAUAUCUAUAUCUAAUAGAGGUGUAUUAUUUUGUUACGGAAUCCAACUUUAAUUUUUGCUUGGUGGGCUACAGACUCAUUUCUCUCUAGCUACAAUUAGGCUGGAGACCUUGUAACCGUUUGGGGGUGCCAUGGAAACAAUUGUAGUAUGAAACCUUGUGUAAAGUAUUUUACGGUCGACGUAGAAGAUAUUAUUGAGAUGUGAGCGCUUACGUUUGUAUUCAUCCAGCAAAGUUCAACUGGUCUCUUAAGUAAAAACAUUAUCUGCUCUUUUUUUUUUUGAUCUCAGACUUAUAAAAAUGUAAAUAGGAAGUCAGAACAAACGUUCAUCUCUUGACCAGAAACUCAUGUAUGGUAAGGGGGGCCACAUUGUUCUUCUGAGACGCAUCUGGUAAUGACUAUUGCUUGAUGGCAUGAAUUUGCAGCGGCUAAAUCAGCAGCUAUCCUACCUAACCUACCAUCCACUUCCACUUCAUUAUGUGGGACAGCAAAAGCAAUAGUGAAUAUAGGUGGGAGGCACCAGAGUAGUGGAAAGGCCUGAUUUUUAUCCUGCAUUUCUGCUGUCGUCGAUUAUUAUUAUUAUUUUCUACGCUUUUGUGUUCAGACCUGUUUAAUCACAUUUCAUCAUUUCUUGACCUGAUGCAUAAAGUCUGAGGUAGUCAUAUCAAUCAAUUGAUCACAUCGAUCAAUACGAAAUCCACCCAAUCCAUCCAACCAACCAUGACCCGGCGAUUACAUUUUAGUAAUUAGUCCUUUUUUUUUUUUUUUACAAAUUAUGUUAAAAACCAAACAAGUUAAGUUAUACUUCCCAAUGUACCUAUUUUAUAUUCCGUCUCCAAUUACUCAUGUUAUGUCAUUGAUUCCUCCUCCUUCCCUCUAUAACAGAUUAGUGCCUUGAGUUUCAGCUGGUGGACUCUCAGCCAGUAUACUGGGCUACAUCAGUUGUGUUGAACUCCACUACUUGCUGUAUUGUAUGACAUGAAUGUUGAUAAGGCUUGAACGGUGUGAUAUUGUAAUUAAUACUCCUUUAUUAUUUAUUAUUUGAGCAGUUUUUUUGGACCCAAGUGUAGAGAAUGUUUUUCACCAAGAAAAUCCCAGAGUAUUGUAUUUUAAGCCAAACUUAACAAAAAAUACAUUCCCUUAAAACGAUUGUAGACUGCACCUCACUUUUGAUUUGUUUUAAUAAAGUUGCUUUAUAGCCUUGGGUGGCGUGGUGAUAUUGGAGUUUUGUACAGAGAGAGAACAGCCAUAGUGUCGGAGCCCCCUUCUGUUCUGGACUUCUGAAUGAGCGAGACUUCCACUGCUCUGUCCAUCUUUAUGCCUCCUUCCCCUCAUUCUAUCUUUCCGUCUCCUCUCUUCUCCAUGAGGAAUACGUUUGCUUCUCAGUGAGGACAGUACAAUAGUUUAGACAGGCUUUCUGAAAGCAGUUGGCAGGGAGGUGGGGGGGCUGUUCCAAGAGAAAGUGACAGACUGCUCCCCCCGGGUUCUCAGGAAAGGUCAGAGGUCAAGGCUGCAUCUAAUUCUGCCUUGUUUUUUCGUUUUUUUUCUUUUCCUUUUGAAGGAGAGGAAGACGGCUUGACAGUGAUGUUGUCCCCUUGAGGCAAAUUCGACGUGCAGGAAGAUAUCCGCUGUCUCGUUCAGACCGUUUAAAAUGCAUGAGGUGAUUGUCCAUGAGUGUGUUGUAUUAAUGGACGUUGUUCAAGUGUCCGCAAAGGGGAACCCAUCUAACCUCUUCACACGUGGCGGAGGAAUUAGAUAGCCUGGAGGUCCAACGGGAGUUUGUGUGUCUGUGCGCGCGUCAUUGGAUAUAGGGUUUCUGGUUCUUUCGGUGGUACCAGUAGUAUAUAUAGGUGCUUAGCAGACCUAGCCAUGCCUCUUCUCAGAACCCUCUCUUCCUGGUACCAAAUGAACCCCACAUCCUCACCACCCCUCCUAUACCAUGUCUCCCUCACAUUGUAUUUGUUAAUGUCCCCCACUCAUCCUCCCACUCAUACCUCAGAGGAGAGUCUUAAACGAGAGGCGGAGGUGGGGGGGCCAGCCAGCUGUUGGAAGCCGCAGGUUUUAUGGAGGCGUUGCAGGGGGUCCCCUCUAAAGAACGCAUGGCGUCGUCAUUUUUUUUUUGAAGACAAAGGCCGGAACCCCCUCCACUGUUGUGUUAGGGUUAGGGUUAUGCACCAUCACUGUGCAGUGCUCCAGGUCCAAAGAACUGAACCGUCCUAUCGCUACCUUCAUACUAGCGAUACCUCGCUGUGAAGAGGGGGCCCUUGGGCUUAACUUGACCAGGUCUCACUGAGAUCAAGCUGUAGUCUGGGUCAACCAGCCUGAAUACUAAGCUAUAUUCCAUCCUGACUAGAAUCCAUACUUCCCAUCGUUUUUCAUCUCAUUCUCUCAUAGCAGCGGACGGGACUUUACAACGGUUAAAUGCAUUGAUCAUCAGGUUUAGAGGAGAUCGUGGCUCAGGGGAACCAUCUAUAGAGGCAGCUGGGUGAUUUGGUAGGAGACUGCUCACAAUGUCGCCGACUUGUGCUUUGUUGUGAGACUUGUGUCAGCUUAGCGAUCGAUAUGAACACGGGCAAUAGGGCUCAUUAGGAGUUUUAUCCUGAAGGUAAGGCGGGUCAUGAUGAAUGGGAGCGAGAGAACAAACUUUCCUUUCCGGCCAAUCAAGUAGUUAACUCCUUACCCUGUGGAAGUCUGGGAGCGUAUGGAUAAACAUAUUUUACAAACCAUUGUUUUUGAUCCGGUCUGGGUUUUGGUUUGCAACCAAGUCAUCUAGAAUGUGCAUAGCAAGCUGGGAGGGAGCGGGCAGUAGCGGCUUUAAGGUUCUGUGCUGCAAGUUGCCCUCAAAGGCUGCCAUUGUAAAGCCUUGCUCAUGGUGUCAUUGUUGCUGUGUAGGGCCAUAAUCCACACUUAGCCAGCACUUGACUUUAGGACCUUCAGUAAGUAACCCCCCCCCCCCCCCCCCCCAAAUUCCCCCUAUCAACCUUUUCUGUUUCAUAAUGGUAGGCGUACUCCAAAUUGUACCUUCCUGUUCCUAUGCUGAAUGUACUGUAUGCAAGUAAUCAUGAUUUUGCAUCCGGGCCAAGCUAAAUUCUUGAAGAGUAAUGAUAACAUAUAAGGCGACAAGAUAACUUCUUUUCAUUAGUAUGACAGGAAAAGGUAUUGCAUGGAUGCUGGGAAUGGAUCUUCGUAACGAUUCUCUUUUCUUAGGAAUGGCACACAAUUGUGCUAAUGCUUCAGCCUUCUCGAACAUUGUGCCAAAAUCAUUCCACAGUAUUUCUGGUCUACAGGUGGAGGCAGUGCCGGUGGUUUCUUUCUAAAAGUUAACCCGUCUCCUUUGUGUAGUAUCACUGAAUUAAAAGAGACUAUUUUCAGCAGUAUGAUGUUUUGUUUUCUUUGUUAAACAAAAGAUGCCCUAUUUUGGAAGAUGUAUGGGAUUGAUUUUAUUUAAGGAAAACCUUGUAAUUUUGUAAAGUGGGCCUUAUUUACGAAAUAUAUAUUUCCUAUGUUUCCUCUGAUUUUAAGAAUAUUUUUUUGUGAGAUAAUGCAUUUCCUUUUUUUUUUCAUUGUUAUUGCACUCCUGGAGAGUACUUGUUUCUUGUAUUUUCCUGUCUAUUGUUUUAAUGCAAAACAUUUCUCAAACACCCAUGUUUAUGAUAUAAGGGGAUUGAUGCAAGCAAGAGGCGAGUGAGCAAGCGGGAUAGUGUGGGAAAGAGAGCGAAACGGCGGGGGUGGGUACAUUUGUGUGACGGUAUAGAAGAAUGAUGGUGAUGUGUGUUUUUUGUUUUUUAUCAGAGCUAAGCAGGGUUGAGUUGUUUACCAUGUGCUGUUUCCUUUGCUUCCUUCAUUUCCACACACAUGAGAUAUAAUAAUCAGGGUUUUUGUUAUAACAUUGUGUGUAAACAGUGCGUUAGUAAGCUCUGCCAAAGAAAGAUGUGUUGAAGGCCUUCAGACAUGAUAACACACACACACUUACACUCCCACUUAGCACACACAUGCAAACAAAAUAACUUACACAAUUAUCCUCGGCUAAAACUGGAUACCCUCUCUCUGAGAUGGAAAAAAAAACACACACUUAUGCUUUAUUUUUUAAAUUGCAACAUGCAUUACGAAAGAAAGAUGUUGUUUGAGAGGGAUGUAGACAUACAGAAAGAUGGACCUGUAUGUAUUAAGAUCAAAUAGGAAGGGUUUUAAGAUUUGGUAUUCAUGACAGACUGAGGGUCAGGGUGGGUGAUGCUGCUUUUUUGUUUUAGAAUAAAUACAUUGUGCAUGUUUUAACCUAACCAUGGCUGACACACUGCAUGUGGAUCUCUCAAUCUCUGCCAACAGGCUAUAUGUACAGCAGAAUUAUGUAUUCCAAUAAAAAAAUAAAAAGCAAACAUGUUUGUAAAAAGCAAA